AUGUACAACUGGAUAUUCAACGACCCCAUGACCGUUCAAUGUGCGGCGUCAAAUCAUGCCGUCAAGUCACGAGUCUUGUAUGCAGAGUCGAUUCCCUUUGUAGAGGAAGUAGCCCACAACAAGACUGAUGGCGAGAGUGCCCAGGGAGAUGACGCUCUUCGCACCAGCAGCAACGGGGAUCGGAACUGGGCUGCUUGGGCCGCUGAUGUUGCUGCGGCUGGGGUCGAGGUUGAGGCUGGGGUUGCGGCUGGGGUUGCGGGCAAGGCUGCUGAGGUUGAGGCUGCGGCUGCGGCUGGGGUUGAGGCCGAGGUUGAGGCUGAGGUUGAGGUUGAGGCUGCGGGCAAGGCUGCUGAGGUUGAGGUUGAGGUUGAGGUUGGGGUUGGGGUUGAGGCUGAGGUUGAGGUUGAGGCUGCGGGCAAGGCUGUUGAGGUUGAGGUUGAGGUUGCGGCUGCGGGCAAGGCUGGGGUUGAGGCCGAGGUUGAGGCUGAGGUUGAGGCUGGGGUUGAGGUUGAGGACAAGGAGCAGGAGCUGGUGCCGGACCAGGUGCAGGCGCCGAAGAGGGCUUGGGCUGCUGAGGCUGGGGGCAAGAUGGCGAAGGCUGCUUCGGAGCCGGCUGGGGUACAGGAACGGGAACGGGAACCGGAGCUGGAGGCUGAGGGCAAGGAACUGGAGGAUGGCCUUCUGGACGACGGUCUGGGUCUGGACUUGCACCUGAGUCUGGGUGAUGCAAGGCUUAGUCUCAACCUUGACCUUGGUCUCCACCUUGAUCAGCGUCUGAGGCUUCUCCUCCUUGAUGAUCUUAUCAUCCUUCUCCUUGAUGAUCUCAUUGUCCUUCUCCUUGAUGAUCUUAUUGUCCUUCUCCUUGAUGAUCGCGUUCUCCUUCUCCCUGAUGAUCUCCUUCUCCUUCUCCUUCUCAAUGAGCUCCUUGAUGACCUCCUUCUCCUUGAGCUCCUUGAUUACCUCAACCUGCUUCGGCCUCUCCUUCUCCUUCUCCUUGAUGACUUCAACGUCCACGUACUUGUGGUGACGGUGACAGUUGGGGCCGUGGCAAGGCCUCUCGGGCUUGCAGUGCUGGCAUCCGGGCUUGGCCCACUCGCCUUUGCACUCAUGGCAGGACUUCCUGUCACAGUGAUCACCCUUGCAGUGAUGUUCAUGCUUGUGGGGGCACUUGAUGUCAUCCUUGAUCUUGAACUUGUCAACCUCAACGUGGGCGUCCUUGUGGUGCUUGUCCCUGUGGUGGUCCCUGUGUUGGUCCUUGAAGUAGUCCUUGUGGUAGCCCUUUUGGUGGUCCUUAUGGCGAAGGCCAUCAUGCUUGAAGACGUCCUUUUCACCAUGCUUGGGGUAAAUGAUAGCGCUGGCAGAGGCCAGGCCAUUGAGGAUGGCCAGGGCAGCCAAGAUGCUAUUGGGACGCAUUGUGAGCGAGCGGUUUAUCAAACAGAGUUAUAA